CUGCAUUUCACUGUAUACCCUGUGUACAUGACAAAACUCUUGAGAUAUCGAAUGUAACUGCAAACAUGCUGAACGGAACCGUUAGUCGACGCUAGUAUAUGAACCUCACCGAGCAACAAACGAAACAAUAAAACCAUAUGCCAGCCUAUAAAAAGGCUUCUCAAACAUGAAAUGAAAGACCAUUGGUCAAAAAUUAGCGAAUACCAGCCGUCUAUUACUUAGGAUUACUUUAAGAAGUAUUGAGGCCGUUAUUAUAUGCGUAUAUGUAGCGCUUUGAAAACGGCGCUGCGCCUUAUUUACACACGUAACCGCGCGCCUCCGACACACUCCGUCUGACCCAGGGAGCAGCCGCAGUACUUCGACAGUCUCUCAAGGCAGAACCGUUAUAGUUCCGGCGCGUCACACGGUUUAGUUAUAUACGAUUAUUACUGGGUACUGAGGGUAAGAAAACACAAAACACACACGCAAAAUGUCAGUCCAUGUCCAAUGCCGCGUUUUAAUGCAGCAGAUUCACAUAUUUAUCCCACCAAAAAUGCUCAUUUCUCAUCCGCAUCAUGUGGUUCACGCCAAAACCCGGAUUGGAUCAGCGCUGUCAGCUGGGGGAAACCAUCGUGACCACCGUCCUCCUUUGUGGUCAUGCGUUUUCUAUAAAACGUACAUUUAGCAAACGCGAGACGUGACGUUUUAGCGUAUGAAACUGUUCACCCCGGGAUCCAUGCGUUUUAUUGGCGUCGCCAACCCAGGAUAAAUAAGGAUGAACAUGCCUGAUUCACCCAUACCAACACCAUUUCGGGGACAAAAUUCUAAAUUUGCUUUCAGUGACAUUAUUAGACUUUAAUGCGCCACCAUUUCGAAACCGUACCGGACGCAAAAAUCUGGAAGGGAAAUGCCACUUAUUUUGAUGUUUAUACUAAUUUCACUAUCAGAACGGGUAGCGAACUGUUGCAGGCAGCCCGAACCCGCGUCGUUCCGCGCUCCGUGUUUUGCCGCCGCCCGCGGAUGGAUACGUUCCUGCACUGCGCGGUGCUCAGGUCGAGCCGAUAGGGCGACGGCGGGACGGAAAGCGAAAAGAAAAAGAGGGAUAGCCAAGGUGGAAAGCGAGCCCCCAGCCAGCGCAAAAUACACCGAGGCGACACUCUACGCAGCUGGGCCAACGUGAACUGGGCCCCCCGCAAAGGAGGGACGGGUCGGAGACCGCGCGAAGUAGAAGCAGACGGCCGAGCUCCGCCAGCGGUAUCCAUCUUGCUUCAUCGGCCGGUGUCCGCCUCACGUGUCCCGGACGGCCUCUCUCACAUGACCCGAGUGUUUGUCCCCGUGAUCGGCGCCUCCAUCCCCCGUCUCCGCAUCCCUCGGCCCCGCGCUUUGUACCGCCACCCCCAUGGAUAUGCUGGAGCAGAGUCUGGACGCUGCUGCGAGUCACGAAAAACAGGAGGAGGAGGUCGUUCAGAUUUCUGAAGGAGACCGUGCCGGGGGUGGGGAACAGGCCGCGGUAACCAUAGCGAGUGUUCAGCCUGCAGCCUUCGGGGAUCACAACAUUCAGUACCAGUUUCGCACAGAGAACAGCGGCGGGCAGGUGACGUACCGCGUCGUCCAGGUGACGGAUCCGCAGCUGGAGGCGGGGGACGACGGAGGCGGGGCGGUCAGUGUCGUGUCCACCGCCGCCUUCGCUGGGAACCCGCAGGCCGUCGCACAGGCAGUGAUCCAGAACCCCUUCAGUAAUGGCGGCAGCCCCGCGGGGGAGUCCGUGGCCAGCGAGGCACGCUUUGCCUAUUUCCCUACCGCCACGGUGAGCGACGGGACCGCCACCGCUGUGUCGGUACAGGCCGCCGCCGACCCAUCUCUCACGCAGGCAGGGGGCCAGUUCUAUGUGAUGAUGACCCCCCCUGACGUCCUGCAGUCCGGCACACCCCGGACCAUCGCGCCACGCACUCACCCUUACUCCACAGUGGAAAACAGACCAGUGCAACAUGACAGUUUAAACUGGAAGAUCGACGGUCCACGCACGCCGAGAGAUGAGAGGAGGCGGGCACAACACAAUGAAGUGGAGAGGCGGAGGCGAGAUAAAAUCAACAACUGGAUUGUGACCCUCUCAAAAAUUAUACCCGACUGCUCUAUGGACAGCAGCAAGACUGGAGCGGUGAGCCGUCCUGCCAGCGAUGGGAGGGACGAGGCCUCCAGAGCCGAGAGUAAGGGCGGCAUCCUGUCCAAGGCCUGCGAUUACAUCCGGGAGCUCAGACAGAACAACCAGCGGCUACAUGAGAGCUACAAGGAGGUGGAGCGGGUCCAGGUGGACAACGAGCUCCUCCGGCAGCAGAUCGAGGAGCUGAAGAACGAGAACGCCCUGCUGAGGGCCCAGCUGCAGCAGCACGGCAUCGAGGCGGUGGGGGAGACGGCGCCACAGUGAGGCAGGGGUGUGGGCCUGGGGGCAGAGCCAAGGGGAGCUGCAGGGCGCGAGGAAGGACUGCUGAGAGGGCACCGCGCUGGCUGCCUCCCUCCCUCUGCAGGCUGGGGCUGGAAUCCUCCGGAGGACAUGGGGCGGCCUGCACCAGCCCUGCCCGGGGCCCCCUCUUCGUUAAGCCUGCCUCGGACACUGAUGAUGAAUGUCCUGCGGAGAACUCUGCUGCCUCUGGGGGGUUUAUUUCCUGCCCUUUGUCUCUCUUUUUUCUUUUUCUUUUUUUUGUUCUCGGUUUUACUUUUGCAUCUUUUUUUAAUGACUUUUCUUACUGCUGUUCAUGUCACAAUGUGGCCCCUUUGUUUGGGUUAAUUUAUUAGCUUUUUAGGAGAGCGCAAGUGGGGAAGAGAGGGGCAUAGAAACUGUUGUGGCACCAGGUCGCGCGGUCUGGGCCGAGCGGACCCUGCUGGUCCCCGAGACGGGGCCCAUCCACUCCUUAGGGACUGGCAUAGUUCUCACAGAUGGAUUCGCAAUAAAGCAUCACGCUGUAGGGCUUGGAUAACUCGCAAGGUCCGGUAAGCGUGCUCUGAAGCUUUAAGACUGCCUUACAGACCGUGCCCUGCAGACCGUGCCCUGCAGAAGAGCUGAACGUAGGCAGACAAUUUAGGAGCAUUGAAACCCUUCCCCCACGGAUAUCAACACCUCCUCCGUGCUGCAAAGCCAGCAGCCAUAUCUAAGCGUCUUGGAUCUCAUGCUCUUCCAAUGUAGAAUUGCACCCUUCAUAGGUCUGGUUUCUCCUCAGAGCACUUACCAUAGCUUUGGGUCCGGCUCAGAAAUGCCCCCUGGUCCGUGUUUGUUUUUUCUUUUUUUUGGACGUUCCCCCUUUUUUUUAGGAAUGUAAAAUACUAGCUAGACGGCUACUUUUAGUGACCAGCUUGAAGUCUAUGAAGAGCUUGAGUGACUGCAGAAUGUCAGGAUUUCCUCCUUUGGGGUUGUAUGUGCUUGUAUGUGCAUUUUGUUUUGUGGUCAUUUUAAUUAUUUUGUAAAUAAGUUCAUCGAUAAGGACUCUUCGGGGAAAGAAAAGACUCAUUACAGAGAUGUUAGUGGUUCUCCUUGCUUGUGUUCUUUGGGGGGGGGGGAUGAAUGUGGAGAUUGACAGACUGACAAGCCAUCUAGCAUCACCUGCCUUCUUCGUCCCGCCUCCAAAAAUGGUGAUAAAUAACUUUAUAUGUCAGAGUUUUAAAUUAAUUUUCUCUUCAGUAGUGGGAGAGUCCUGAGACUGGAUAUUGGGGGUAGGGGGGGGGGCGAUAAUAAUGUUGUGGGAUUCUGGGUCCUGCACUACACUUCCACGGACAUCUCAGAUGCUUCAAAUUGGCACCUGGCCCCGUUCACGCGAGUGUGUGCGGGACUCAUCAUGACGUCUGAGUUUGGGGUGAAGAGUCCCUCCUUUCAGGAACCUCUCCGGAUGUGUCAGAGCUGCGUCUGUCUGGGCUGGAUUUCCAGGAAGAGAAGGAUGGCAGAUGUUCUCCUUUUUGCCAACUAGUCUUACUUCUCCAGUAGUUGCUGGCAUGAGAUUUCAAAGGUAGAAGAGAGAAUAAGCUAGAGAGGAAAAAAAAUCAUUUGCUUUUGGCAAAUUUUUAAAAGUCUGGUUUAUUUUAAUGUUUAUUUUUUUGAAGUAGCUAAGACUAAAGUAUGGACAAUGUGAAGGCUACGGCUGGGAAGGUGUCCGCAGGUGGUCACGGAGAUCAGUGCUGUGAAUGACUCUGCAGACAACAACAAAGCCACGAAAUAAAGAUGUGCUAAUUUCUUCUGAGAGUGAA